AGCAUUCAUACAUCAACAAUGCCAUUAGUAAGAUACUUGAUGAAGCCAAAGUGGAUUUUAUUACUCAUUCUGGUUUACAUUGUUGUUUGGACAAUCCAAGUGACCAUCUUCUUUUCCAAGCCGACAAAAGAUAGUCCAGAUGAGAAUACUACACCCGAGGGAGUUAAAAACGACAAGUAUGAACAUGGAAAUAAGGACAUGACUCUUGGGAAAACGGUCAAUUACAACAAUAGGGAACGAGAUAAGACUACGGAGCAAAUUACAAAUGAAAAAUAUCAUCAGAGAGAUGAGAAUCCUGGACAACAAAAUUUGAAUAUGGCUCUUGAGAAAAUGGCUGAUGACAAUUUAGAAGAAGGAGAUACAGCCCAUGAGCGUCAACAAACAGAUGAGGGGAUGAGUCAUGAGCAAAUCAAAGAUCAUGGACAAGGGAAGGAAGAUAUGCCUGAUGAGAAAAUUAACUAUGAAUAUCGUGGACACAGAGAAAAGAAGACUGUUCGUGAGCACACGACAAAUGCCACUCCUGGUAAGAGAGACGGGGGUGUAUCCCACGAGCAGCUACAAUUUAAGAAUGUAGAACAAAAAGAGGUGAUGAAUGGAGGCGCCAGGUCUGAAUCCAUUGAAAAACACCAAAAGGUCAAACAUGAAAAUGAAUCCCAAGCUUACACAGAAAACAGAGAUGACAAUGUUCAAGUAAAUGGCCUACAAAGAUCAUGCGAGCCAGAACUAGUACAAACUGGUCUAAAUCAUGAAACUGCCAGGAAAAUAUGGAAAUACAAAAUUGUACAAUGGAUGCCAUAUCAGCGUAAGGUUGUCGAUGGUACUUUGACAGAUUCAAGCAUGGGUGAAUUUUGGCAAGUAGAUAAUUGCCUAGUUGUUAAUCAUCUUGAUGUGGAAAAUGCAGAUGCUGUAGUAAUACCCGUGAUGAGUCUUAACCCUGAUGAGAAAUACGCCCCGCCAAAGCAAUAUCCUCCUAAUGAGACUAGUAACCCAUCACAGAUACGGAUUCUCCUCCAUACCGAUCAUCCACUUUUUAUUUCUAUAACCAAAGAAUGGAAUGCAUCGUCAUUGGAUAAUUAUUUCAACUGGGUAAUGACGUACAGGUCGACAUCGGACAUUCAUGUACCUUAUGGGUAUUCAUUUCCAAAGGGAACUCCAACAGAGACUCAUGUGGAUUAUACAAUCGGAAAAACAAAAAUGGUUUCAGCAAUGAUAAGUGGUUAUCAUUCACAGAAUUUCCGUAUGGAGUACAUUAAAGAAUUGGGAAAGUACAUUGAUGUGGACAUGUAUGGUAGACACGGAAUGCCAUGCAAUGGUCAUUAUAUAGAAAGUUGUGAGCUUUUAAAACGCUACAAGUUUUAUCUAGCAUUUGAGAAUUCAAAUUGUGAAGAAUACGUGACCGAAAAGCUUUGGUUAAAUGGUUACCAUAACAACAUUCUUCCUGUCGUGAUGGGGGCCACUAAGAAGUUUUACGAAUCUGUUGCACCUCCCAAUUCAUUCAUUCAUGUUGAUGACUUUAAAACGCCUGAUUCACUUGCUCAGUAUUUGCUUUACCUCAAUAGAACUACAACAGCAUACAACAAAUACUUCAGAUGGAAGGACACGCAUGAUUACUGCUUCAAUCUGUUGCAUUUAAGUAUGCAGCCAUGGAGAGCAAUUUGCAAGAAACUGAAUUCAUUUCAAGGGGAACCGGGUAUCUUUAAGAAUAUGAGCACUUAUCUCAAUCCAGGGCUCCAGUGUAGAGAUGCUAAAUGGAAGCCAAAUUACAUUCGGAGAAGUUGAAAACUAAUCCAUUCAUAAGGAUCGUGUGCCAAAUUAAUGUUAAAGUGGUUAAAAAAAUAGUUUCUAAAAUAUUAUGUGCAUUGUGCAAUUAAUGGGUGAUAAAAUUCAAUUAUGAAUAAUAUCCAAUCAGUUUAAAUUUUAGAUUCGUCGUGGUGAAAUGUGAUUACUGUACAGGUUCAUCAAAAUACCCCUAUGGAGUAUUUCAAAGUGUAAUAUAUUAUUGGAAACGAAUGCAAAAUGCUAAACGUGUUUAAAAUGUAAUACAAAAAAUCUUAAAUGGAAUUAAGAUUUUAAAUAUCCCAUGUAUAGUUUCAUCCGUUAUCAAAUGUAUCACUUACGAUGUAAUUAUAAUAGAGGCAAUAUCUAUAUUUAUAUUCACAAAAUGAUUAAUUUACUUUCUAUCAGCAGUAAAAUUACAAUGUAAAUAUUGCAGAGCUGCUAUAAUUUUGGCACAAAAAUAACAACUACAUUAUUUUGUUUCAUUGGGAAACUUUUUGCUGUAUUUCACGACAAAAAUGUAUGUCUAAAAUAAUUUCCCGGGUGAAUCUACAUUACUUAAUAAAGAAA